UAAGAACAUUUUAUUUGCGAAUUUUUAAAAAUUGUCUAUAUUUUAACCUCGUCAAAAAUAUUAUUACCAAAAUGCCGCCAAAAGAACCGGCCAAAAAAACUCCACCGCCGAUUGUACGUUUACCAAUAAGUGACUCAAGUCUUGUUUUAUUACCCGAUAAUGUUUUAGAAGGAUUCCAAGAACGACUUGAAACAGGUAUCGACUGGACACACGAAGCAUUAGCUCGAAGGUUUCAUCGAUCAAAAUGCCUAAGAGAGGAUAUACCUACAGUACCCUUCAGUAAAGGACUUCAGAACAGGAUUCAGAAAAGUAUCCUUAACGGAUUUCUAGACGAAAAUUCACCUAUUAGCCUGCAGGACCAAUGGGAGAUACUUUUACCCUUAACUCAAUGGGAUAUAAGUAGAUUUAGUAAUGAAGAAGGGAAGGUUUGCUUCCGCAGUGUCAACUGUAUCACCGAGAAUGUUGAGAGACUUAUAAAGAGAGCAGUGACAGCUGGGGAUCGUGCUCUUUUGAGGAAAGAAUUAAAGGAGGUUCCGAUGUUGAGAAUUUUCGACUCAAAGAUUACCGAGUUAGACAGCGGCCUCUCCGAAUUCACCAAACUGGUGACAUUAAAUCUGUGUGGCAACUACAUUGGUGACAUCGACCCCGCCUUCCUUCCUCCAGGGCUGAAACUACUCGAGCUCCAAGCUAAUCGGAUAUCGAGCACUGAAACGUUCGCGGAACACCUACCGCCGACCUUGCUGUAUUUGGGCUUGGCUAGGAAUUUAUUGACAAACGAAAGUCUUCAAGGAUUACCAAGACUACCACGCGUUAUCACAACUUUGGAUUUGUCUGAAAACGACAUCUAUAAUCUUGAAACGGUACUAGAUGGCCUGGGUACGCUGCCGUAUCUCAAGGCAUUAUCGCUCGCUGGCAACCCGUGUUCAGUAUGUAUGGGCUACAGCUCCAUAAUUACCAUGAGACUACCGAACCUACAAUGGCUAGACUCUCGAGAGGUCCUACCCACGGAUAGACCCGAAGAUUUCUGGGAACCACACCCUGAUGACUACCGGUCCAAUUACUUCAACUUUACUGUACUGCGAAUUAUGUCUAUACCUCAGCCGCCGAAACCUGAUAAGGGCGCCACGACGACGUUCCACGUAGAACUAGAGCUGCCCCUCUUGGACUCUAAGAGAAGGAAUUUCCUGAUGUUCAGACGCAACGAAUCUUUGAGAGAGAUGCUGCCGCUGCCUGAAUACGAUUCCGAAGUGUUAUUGGGAGUAAAAACGAUGCCGUCGUCGAUUGCGGGGCCCAGUCCCAACCUUGAAACCACCACACAUGAAUCCGACAUCUACGCCCACCUUUUACCCAAGGAGUCCCGUGAGAUCCUCAACUACACCGUCUUUGAGAGCAACAAAGUGCAGUGGAACAAGGUGAUCAAUUUCCAAGAGCCUACCGUCAGGAUCUUCUGUCCGGACCUCGUUGGUCUGAGGGACACCUUUCAAACUGUGGUUACUUUGAGACUGGUAUAUACAGUGGUAAUAGGGAAACAAGGUAAACCAGAAAAGGGUCGGAAAAGCGCUACAACGAUCAAGCAACCGCCAGGCGAAUUCCGAGUAGUUCUCGCCACCAUACGCUGCGCCUUGAAGAACCCAGACUGGAGCCAGCCCUUCCAGCACUUUCAUUGGGACGACUCGCUCGGCACCAAUGAUGCGAUACAUUGGGGCGAUGGGGACCUUGCCAUUCUCCAGUAUUCUCAAGGUCCGCCCAAAGCCGCAAAAGGAAAACCAGAAGCAGACGCGUCGAAGCAACCCGUUCCUGAUAAUCUGACGUGCCACUUCAGCUUCGGAAUUGACGCUAUCCGGUUCUAA